AUGCCACCAAACAAAAAAGUCAUGGAUAUCACAAAAUAUUUAAUCUCCGCCAAAGAUAAAAUCGUACAAUUUGAUAAACGUCUAAUGAGCUUUAUUACUGGAACAGUGUCAGCAAUGUCUAUAAUUGACAAUCCCAGCUUCAUUCAGUUAUUUGAAGGUUUUAGAAUUAAUGUUAAGUCACGAAAAACGGCAAUGAACCAUCUCAAUAAUGCUUUAAUCAAUAUGCUGCUCAAUUUUAAACAACAACUUAAGGAUGUAGAAUAUGUAAGUACUACGGCUGAUGUAUGGUCAAGCAAAACAAGAAGCUUUCUAGGUGUGACAUCUCACUGGAUUGAUCCCAAUUUCGAAAGAAAAUUGGCUGCAUAG